GCGGCACGCCACCGAAGUUGCUCUGUCAUUUCUGUGUUCAUGAGAAAUUGUUCAACACUCUAAGCCACUUCUCCCUGUGCUCAUCACUCAAUCUAUCCAUCUUUCUCUAUAUUCACACACAAUUCUAUCUUCCCAAACGUUAAUCACCUGAUUUAAGACAUGGGAAAAGCAGCCAAAUGGUUUCGCAGCCUUUUCGGCCUAAAAAGGCCGAACAAUAUCACUAUAACCACCCCCUGUACUGAUGCAAAACGAACUCCAAGUCGACGUUGGAGCUUCAAAAGGUCCACCUCAAACCGCUACCACACUCUGUCGGAUUCCAUCGUUUCUGCAUUGCCUCGGGUUCACUUGAAAGGCGACAAAGAACAGAAGCAUAUGAUCGCAGCAGCAGUGAAGAAUAUGAGUGAGUUGAAGGGUAAUUGUGAUCACUGGGCUGCAGUUAAGAUACAGGCACAUUUUCGCGGAUUUCUGGCAAGAAAGGCUUUGAGGGCAUUGAGAGGGUUGGUGAAGCUCCAGGCCCUAGUCAGGGGACACAUUGUGAGAAAACAGAUUGCAGGGAGGCUGCUGCAGAUGCAGGCAGCCUUACGUGCUCGAACACGAGCUCGAGCUUUACGGGCCCAGAUUUAUGAAGCUCCUCAGUCAACUAUCAAGCCCUCUCACAUACAUCACCUUGGUCCUGCAACACCCGAAAACUCUGAGCAUGAUAUACGGAGGAGUAGGAGUUCAAAAUACGAACAAUCAGUUAUGCUAGAGAAAAAUGGAUCAAUAACAGCUUCUAAGGUUGGACCUGAUAAAGGAAAACUAAACGUGCGUUAUAGUACUGACGGAGAAUCACAGGACCGAGUUUAUUUACAAGACUCAACUUACCAUCAAGCAUAUUUCUAUCCAUUAUCAGGUGAAGAACAGUCACUGAGCCCUCUCAAGUACACAAUUGAUGUCGAUGAAGCCUUUUGCGCAGCUGAAACUAGCCUACACGUUAAUACAUCAAGAAGGGCUAGUUUUACGCGAAGUGGACCAUUUACACCUAGAAGCGACAUCUCAAAAAGCUCUAAAAGCGGUUACUCUGACAACUCCCCGAGUUACAUGUCAUACACAGCAUCGUCAAAGGCCAAGGUGAGGUCCCCAUCCCUCAGUGCCCCUCAUCAGAAGACUCUGGAAAGAUCCAAUACGACGAAGAGGCUUCCAAUUAAUGGGGGAUAUGGUAACAUGAAAUCAUCAAGCGUUCACAACGUCCCUUCGACACUGCAUUCUAAAUUUGUCAGCAAAGCCUACCCCGGGUCUGGCCGGCUAGACAGGCUUGGAAGUCCCCUGGGAAGUAAUGGUGUAGCGUUCAGUUGCGGCCUUUUAAGCAGUUACUAGAGAUGAAUUUAGGACUUUUUAUGAAUCUGCAUCAAUUGAAAUUUCGAUUAUAAGAUAACUGUGUAACAAGAUCCAUCCCAUUGUGCAUGCUAAAGUUUAAAGUUUAAUGAAUAGAUGAACUGCUAAACCUC